CAACACAUCUUCCCGCGAGAUAGACCCAUUCAGUAAGGUGCCGAUGUCUGUCGAAGCAGGUGUGUUAGUGAGCGCUCUCAUUACGAGUUGAGCCCUUCUAUUACAAAACUUGAGAUACAUUGCAAAAAAAUUGAAGAAAUAUGUCAUCACGAUCGCGAAGAAUUAUGAACCUUCUUAAUGUUUCACAUCUACCUGAUGAAUGGGAAAACAGUUGCGAUAAGGACCCAAACGUCAGCAAUGAAGAAAAAGAGAACAUCCCUUUAAGUUCAACAUCAAAACGUUCGUCGAGAUCGUCAUCUAGUAGUUCCAGUUCGUCUUCUAGCGUCAACAGUAGCAGUUCGUCAUCUUCUAGCAGCAGCUCUUCCUCUCGAUGUUGUUCACUGGAACAAGGACGAUUUGUUUCCCAUAUCUUAAAAGGUAAAGAAAUUGAAGCCCAGCCUCAGUCUUUAUCAUCUAGAACUACUUCACCUUCAAUACUAGAAUCCGUAAUUUUAACACCACAAACUCCCGCUGUACAUUACCGUAUAUCGCCAAUGAAUUCCGAAGAGUGA